CGCCCGCGCGCAGGUCCGCGGGGAGGGCGAUCUGCCGACCGGCCCACCCCCGGGCGUUAGUGAAGGGCGCCCUCGGUCGCCCCCACCGCCCCCCCGACCCCAGAUGUACUAUGCGGUUUCUCAGGCGCGUGUGAACGCGGCUCCCGCGACCAUGCUGCGGCCACAGCGGCCGGGAGACGUGCAGCUUGGGACCUCGCUAUACGAGCUGGUGGGUUACAGACAGCCGCCCAUUUCGUCGUCGUCCUCCUCCUCCUCCACAUCCUCCUCCUCUUCCACCGCGUCCCUCCUCCCCAAGGCUGUGCGCGAGAAGCCAGAAGCGCCCCACUCUGAACCGCUGGGAACCGCGCCGGAGUCCCGGGGCUCCCGGGCCGACGCCAAAGAGGAGCAGCAGCAGCAGCAGCUGCGGCGCAAGAUCAACAGCCGCGAGCGGAAGCGCAUGCAGGAUCUGAACUUGGCCAUGGACGCACUGCGCGAAGUCAUCCUGCCCUACUCCGCGGCGCACUGCCAGGGCGCGCCCGGCCGCAAGCUCUCCAAGAUCGCCACGCUGCUGCUCGCCCGCAACUACAUCCUGCUGCUGGGGAGCUCGCUGCAGGAGCUGCGCCGCGCGCUCGGCGAGGGUGCGGGGCCCGCAGCCCCGCGCCUGCUCCUGGCCGGCCUGCCCCUGCUGGCCGCCGCGCCCGGCUCUGUGCUGCUGGCACCCGGCGCCGUGGGACCCCCCGAAACGCUGCGCCCCACCAAGUACCUGUCACUAGCGCUCGACGAGCCACCGUGCGGCCAGUUCGCUCUCCCCGCUGGUGGCGCAGGUGGUCCCGGCCUCUGCUCCUGUGCCGUGUGCAAGUUCCCGCAUCUGGUCCCCGCUGGCCUGGGCCUGGCAGCGGUGCAAGCUCAGUUCUCCAAGUAAGGGCUGGCUGGGCCCGGGGCGGGGCGCGACCUCAGCCAAUCUUCCCGCGCCCUCGCGUCCUGAAUCUAAGGAGAGCUGGCCCCAAUAAGGAGGACAUUUCCAGACUUCUCGCCCAGACGACAGACUGUAGGGCGCCUUCAUCCCUGCCCCCACUCCCUGGCAACUCAAGUGACCCAAGCGGGUGUUCCAAGGAGCGACGCAGUUUGCUUGGGGUUCUAGAUGGAUCCCACUUGUUUAGAGCCAGACGGUCUGCCAUCGCAUCCUUACCUUAAGCUCACCCAGUGGCGGUCUCUGCCUGUAGCUGUGGCAUCGCGAAGCCAGAGAAGGAUGGUAGCGGUGCGGUACAGUCGGUUGCCCUGGGUGCAGCGAAAGGCUGCCCGCGACCUCGGUGCCCUGGGAUCCGCCAGCUCCCCAACAACGUCUACCCAGAGGGGCAUUCUUUCCUUGUCCCCGGCCCAGGCGCACAGGCUCUCUUGCUCCACCCAGCUAAACCCAUGUGGACCUAGGAGGUCUAGGAAGCCCAGGCCAUGGGUACAAAUAUCAAGGGUGUUGGCGGAUGGACUGCCCUGGAAGGCCCAGAGUAGGGUGUCGUGCAGGUGCGGGCGGUGGGGGCGCCACGGCCAUUGGGUGUGUGUGAGGAAUGGGGAAGUUCGUCUGGCCUCACAGCUUAGGUUUUCAGGCUGGAGCACCCAGCUGUUUUGCUGCAGAGUAUCCACUCUUUAAAUCCUGGAAAUCUACUUAGUCUCCCCCGCCCCCCCCCCCCCCCGUCCCCCCGCGGUAGUUUAACCCACGUUUGAGCUUGCUUGAAAACAAAACACCAAUCACCUUUCACGCCAUCUGUGUUCGGGACUUACUAAACUAGGUAACAAGGCAUUUCGUAGCGCAGGCUUGUGAAACUCGGUAAUUAACGUUCUCAUUAAAGUGUGUGGAGGUGGGCGAGGAUCCCAAACCGCCGGCUGGACAGACCCGGGCGCGCCGCAGGCCGGAGGGAGGGGAGGCGCUGGCCCUUUAGCCGCAGCGCGCUGGUCUUUAACCAAGGCUUCGCUGCUGAAGAACUCGGUGGAAGCGUGCACGCGUGGACGCCGCGUCUUGGUUUGUGUGUAGUGUUAGGAAACUGCCCAGGAUUAUCUCAUAAUCUUCACCAGCUUGCUUUGAUUUUUAUUUUGGAAGUUUUGGGUUGUUGACAAUAGCCGAAUUUAACUGGCGUUUUAUUUGACCUCUAACCUUGUCCUCACUUCUUUCCGCCCCACCCCCCACCCCAACAACGAACUGUACCGAAAACACAAAAUAAAAUGUCAACAGUCGAAUUUUUACA